CGACGUGAGCGCGCUUGUGCAUGCGCAGGGCGGGGAGACCUUGGAAAACUCAACAGGCGCCUGGCGGAGGUGAAAGCACUGGCGGAAGGGCCGGCACUGGGGCAAAAUGCAGAGCUGGAGCCGUGUGUACUGUUCCUUAGCCAAGAGGGGCCAUUUCAGUCGACUAUCUCAUGGCCUACAAGGAGUUUCUGCAGUGCCCCUAAGAACUUACGCAGAUCAGCCAAUUGAUGCUGAUGUAACAGUGAUAGGUUCUGGCCCUGGAGGAUAUGUUGCUGCCGUUAAAGCUGCCCAGUUAGGCUUUAAGACAGUUUGCAUUGAGAAGAAUGAAACUCUGGGUGGAACAUGCUUGAAUGUUGGCUGCAUUCCUUCCAAGGCUUUAUUGAAUAACUCUCAUUAUUACCAUUUGGCCCAUGGAAAAGAUUUUGCGUCUAGGGGAAUUGAAAUAUCAGAAGUUCGCUUGAAUUUAGAGAAGAUGAUGGAGCAGAAGAGGUCUGCAGUAAAAGCAUUAACAGGUGGAAUUGCCCACUUAUUCAAACAAAAUAAGGUUGUUCACGUGAAUGGAUUUGGGAAGAUAACUGGCAAAAAUCAGGUGACGGCUACAAAAGCAGAUGGCAGCACUCAGGUUAUUGGUACCAAAAACAUUCUUAUAGCUACGGGUUCAGAAGUAACUCCUUUUCCUGGAAUCACGAUUGAUGAAGAUACAGUAGUGUCAUCUACAGGAGCUUUAUCUUUAAAAAAAGUUCCAGAAAAGUUGGUUGUUAUUGGUGCAGGAGUAAUUGGUGUAGAAUUGGGUUCAGUGUGGCAAAGACUUGGUGCAGAUGUGACAGCAGUUGAAUUUUUGGGUCAUGUAGGUGGAAUUGGAAUUGACAUGGAGAUAUCAAAAAAUUUUCAACGCAUACUUCAAAAGCAAGGGUUUAAAUUUAAACUGAAUACCAAAGUUACUGGUGCCACCAAGAAGUCAGAUGGGAAAAUUGAUGUAUCUACUGAAGCUGCUUCUGGUGGCAAAGCUGAAGUUAUCACUUGUGAUGUUCUUUUGGUUUGCAUUGGUCGACGACCCUUUACUCAGAAUUUGGGACUAGAAGAGCUUGGAAUUGAGCUAGAUCCCAGAGGUAGAAUUCCAGUCAAUACCAGAUUCCAAACUAAAAUUCCAAAUAUCUAUGCUAUUGGGGAUGUGAUUGCUGGUCCAAUGCUGGCUCACAAAGCAGAAGAUGAAGGUAUCAUCUGUGUUGAAGGAAUGGCUGGCGGUGCUGUGCACAUUGACUAUAAUUGUGUGCCGUCGGUGAUUUACACACACCCUGAGGUUGCUUGGGUUGGCAAAUCAGAAGAACAGUUGAAAGAAGAGGGUAUUGAGUACAAAGUUGGGAAAUUCCCAUUUGCAGCAAACAGCAGAGCUAAAACAAAUGCUGACACAGAUGGCAUGGUGAAGAUUCUUGGACAGAAAUCAACAGAUAGAGUACUGGGAGCACACAUUCUAGGACCAGGUGCUGGAGAAAUGGUAAAUGAAGCUGCUCUGGCUUUGGAAUAUGGAGCGUCCUGUGAAGACAUAGCUAGAGUCUGCCAUGCACAUCCGACUUUAUCAGAAGCUUUUAGAGAAGCAAACCUGGCUGCAUCGUUUGGCAAAGCAAUCAACUUUUAAAUUAGAAGAAGGUUAUUUUUUUUUUUCUGAAAUCUGGAAUCUUUUAUAGAGGUCACAUUUUUGAACAGCAUAAACUCACAGUUCCAGGAAUUUUUAGGAUGGAAUUAUGAAACUUUUGGGAGGUAUUUAAUAGGUUUGAACAGAAUGGAAUAAUCUUGUAUCUAUAUUUUAAGUAAAUAUCUUCUUUCAGUGCAUUAACAGAGCAGACAAGACUGUAUAGUAGUAUCCUGGGAAGUUUUCAGCCUGCAUUUUCAUGCUAUUUAUAGAAGAUUGGACUUCAUUGAAUUAACGUUAUUUCUGAUUCAGUGAGGUGGAAUCUACUUCAUAAGGAAGGAGCUUGAGUAUAGUACUGAACAAUUGUAUUUGAAUAAAACUGAUGAAGUUACUUUUAAAUUUGGUUUUCAUAUUGGAAACAAGUCAGUGAUUAGAACAAGAUUCAAAUAUGUACAAACAUGUAAAUAAAAGCGACUGUCUCUCAUUUUAUUUAACUCCCAAAUUCUUAGUUUAGAGGUAGAAGUAUAUAUUUAAGGGUUAAGGUUUUAGAAGGUCUACAAGUCUAAAGGGCAUUGCCCAAAUGAAGAUACUGUCCACAAAACAAAAAUAUUAAAUAGAAACUCAAAUGUAUUAUACCAAGGAAUGAAGGUAUCAAAAUAAACAUGUCUUAAAUACUU